AGUUGAUGUUGACCGAUCUGGAUAAAGAACUUGCUUCUGGCCGUCAGACAACAGUUGUGGUGGAAUAUCAUCCUGAUAAAGAUGAAGAUACUUUUGACGAACUACUUAUUUCAGUGGGAAAUAAAACAAUAGCAGUUCCUCUAAUUGGAGUGAGAUUACAAGGUCGUCCUGAUGUACACUUGAAUAUUAAAGCUCAUGUGGCUGACCAGAUUAUUGAAUUAUUAAACAUGACCGAUGAGAAAAAAUUGGAAUGCAUACACUUCGGCUGUGUUUUCUUUGGAACAGCAAAAAUUGAACAUGCACUUCUAUACAAUAAUAGCCCAGAACCUAUGAGCUGGGUGGCAGUAAUGCAAAACGAUUGUGUUGGAGAAGAGCUGACUAAUAGUUGAUAGUAAAAUGGAUGUUGACCCUUCACAUAGGCAAGAUUAUGCCGUCUUCUUGAGAUUUGAGACUGUGGGAAGUAAAGAUGGAUGUUUGAGAGAUGAUAACUCUGAAAUUAUCAAAAGUGAUCAGCUUCAGAAAGUGGAAUUAGCACUGACAGGUUCAGGGCUUCCUGUCUUACUGCAUUUUGAUCCAGGCAAAGUCUUUAAAUUUUUACCUUGUUUCAUGGGUAAACAUUUAGACAUUAUGUGCUUUGUACGAAAUCAAUCUGAAGAUCUUCCUGUCACAUACCGUUUUCCAAAGACUGCACAUUUUAAAAUUGAUCCUAGUAGGGGAAAGAUCAAUGAAGGGUGUAUCCAGAUUGACCUCAGGACUAUGCACAUGCCAGGCAGCUGCUCCACCACUGAGCUGCAUUUACAGACACUCCCACCAAAAAUCCUAGAUAAGAAAAUCGUGUAUUCAGACAAUGCUCCAGAGGUAAAUAUGCUGCCAGCAUCCGGUCUAAAGUCGCCCUCACUCUCUCAAGAGGAAAUACAGGAGGAGUGGUCUUCCAUGGAGUGUCCAAUCAAAGCUACCCAAUUGUUAUGCACCAAGGGAAUGGCAUCCAAGGAGAGAGUGUCCUUGGAGAGAAAGGUUCUCAAAAAACUGAAACCAAACCCAACCACUCCUCAAGAAAAACAUGAUUGCAGCAUAAUUUUGACACCGAAGCAAAUUCAUCAAGUAAUUGUCGGGCCCUCUGUCCUUAACUUUGGUAAUAUUUGUGUGAACUCCACAAAUACGCAUUCAUUGCAUCUUAUUAAUAUGCUGUCUAUGCAUAUUUUGAUUCAGUUAGAUAUCAAUUUUGAAGAACUUAAGAAAACUAAAAUAUUUUCACAUGUGAUUCCUCCUACAUCUAGUACUCACAUUCCAAUAAUAUUUGAAGCUUCUGCCAUUGGAAAAUUUUGGAGGUCUUUCGCCUUUACAGUAAACAGCACACCUGGUGGGCACAUUUUAGUGACCGCAGAAGUCCUGCCUAUAAAACUUGAGCUUUCUUCGGAUGAGAUAGUGUUGAAACCACGAGGUUUCUUGGUGAAAACAUGCUUCUGGGGGACAGUUAAGUUGUAUAAUCAUCAGAAUAAGUCUGCGCAGUUUGGAUGGCAACCAGUAAACUCACUAAACGGGAUAGCGUUUUCCAUUCGUCCAGCUAAAGGUUGGCAGCAGCACAGUCACAUUUUUGGAGCCAAGGAUAUUGUUCAAUAAUAGUCCUCAAGGUUUAACAACGUGGAAGAAAGCUAUUCUUCAUAAUGUAGGACAAAACCAUGCACUUUUCAAGGUUUGUGACCAGAGCCUUUUAUCUAUUAUUAAUAUUACCCCAUCACAAGGAAUAAUUCCACUUGGGGGAAUAACUGUUCUUCACAUCUCCUGUAAACCCACUGUUGCAGAAAAAUUUGAUACAAAAGCAAAGGUUGCUAUUCACCGUGCAAAUAUCCUAGACCUUAGAAUUGGUGGAUCUGGUGAAAUGGCUGAUAUUGAAGUCAGACCGAAUGUAUUUAAAUUCAGUGGCACCUAUAUUGGUGCUACCCAGAUGAUUCCAUUUGUAAUACAAAACAAAGGUGCAACACGUGCCACAGUGGAGUUUAAUCUCAAAGACUUCUUAGAGUUUUCAAUGACUUUCAAGGGCAGAUCCAGUCAUUUCAAAAAGCCUGUUGUUCCUCGUACAUAUGUUUUGGAGUUAGAGAAAAAAUCACUGCUAGAAUGUGGAAUAAUAUUUUGUCCCAAAGAAGUGCGAGCAUAUGAAUUCAACAUUGAAGUUCAUAUUAAUUCCUUCAGGUCAUCAGAACUCUACAAUGAGUAUUUAGCAAUGGAAAAGCCUUUGAUGCCAAAGACGAUUCCGCUUAUGCAACCUUGUUUUGUUCAAGCUACUGUAUUGAAAGCACCAUUGAAAUUGUCCAAGACCAGAUUUGUAUUUCAUGUCCCUUUAUAUGAAAUGCAAGAUAAUUGUAUGGUCAGAAGAACUGAGCGGUUCAGAGACGGUGCCCACGAGUCCCGUAAUCUCCACGUUUGUGGCCUGUACACCCGGCGUGUAGACGCAUUUCUCCGUCCUGGGUGGGAUGUCUUCCACCGCUGCCUGUUGGUGGUGUUUCCCUUCUUUCGACCCUUGGCAGGACGUUUUCCGGGCAUCUUUGGCUCAGCUGGUCUUGCACAGGCUCUGGCGCACCCCGGGCCUAUCUCCGUGGAGCGGUUCGACGACGCUGCCCAAGAGUCACACAAUCUCCAUGUUUGCACGCUCUCUUUGCCCGGUAGUCGUGGUCAUCUGGUCUGCAGACGCACUUCUGUGUCCUUGAUGGGACCUGUCUCACUGGUUCUUGUUGUGUUUCCCUACUUGUUGACCUGGGCAGGAUCUCUCCACAGCAUCUUCCACGUGGCUGGAAUAAUUGUUUGUUUUAGAAUUUUACGUCUCGUUAGAGAGGUAAAAUCACCAAAGAUAUUACGACCACUGUUUAUACUUUUCAUACCUGUUCCUUUGGAUGUAACAACUGGAAUGGAUGUCAAAAUUGUACCCAAAAAUUAUUUCACAAAUUCUACUCUAAGCUACCAGAUUCCCACAGCAAAGGUUCUCAGUGAUGUUGAAGAAAUUCAGCCACUUUCCGUGAACUUCUCAAAAGGCCAAAUCAUCGUAGGCUCUGAUCGUGGAAAUAAUAACAAACUCACUUUCCACCUCAGUUUCAAAUCAUCUAAACCUGUGUCAUUUUUCAGCAAUCUUCAUUUCUCUGACGACAGUGGUAACAGGUUUUCCCUCCCAGUUACGGCAACAGCAGAAAACUGCAUUCUUACUAUUUAUCCAUAUUUGGCAACUUAUCUCAAUAAGCACAAUAUUAUCUUAAAAGAUGAUAAAAAUGGAAGUCCUAUGAAGAAUCGAGGUAGUUUUUUGCUUCCCAGCUUGGAUUCUACUUUACUCACAUCUUCUUCAGUAAAAAUUUCACCUGUUAGUACUGAAAUAUACCACGAACAAUUUAAAAGAGAGAGCUUAUUUGUUGGAAUGGAAAAAUUACCUGUACAUUUGCACCUGGGUGACAGGAGAAAACCAGAUAAAGCAGAUGAUGGAUCUUUGGAAAAUGAGGAAAAAAUUGAACAAUUCUUUUUUCCUAAAGAAGGAUCAAUGGAACAUAACUUCUAUCAGAAGGUUGUAAAUGCAGCCCAGACGUGGUUCAGUCUCUUUGGCUGGUCUGAAGGACCUCAUCUACUUUCCAUUCCAGAGAGUAUAAGAAGGGAUGUGCAAAAAAUACAGUUUUACUCAGUCUCAUCACCCAAGAAAUUUUCCAGACAGAAUGAUUUUUCCAAAUAUAAUAAGACCAUUUAUGAUGUACUGCUCCACUUGAGUGGCACACUGCCACCUGGAAUUAGUUCAAGUCAGUCUUUACCUGUGGAUGACACUGAAAGGGUGAUUCAGCUUCAUUUUCAGUAUUCUUCACUACUGGAUUUUCUCAAUGCUCAAGGAGGAUGCAUUUCUCAUGUAAUGCCAGAAUUUCUGCUUGAACCACGUGAUUAUAAGAAGUGGCUUGAAAUUUCAUCCCCCAGUAAGACUGUGUCUGUGGAUUCAUAUAUACCGAAGAAAAAAUGUCCUUUUAUUAUUGAUAUGAACAAAUUUGAAGGCUGGAGUAGACGGGCAUGGACAGAUGUAUUCCUUCAGAUUUACAAGGUUCUGGUUUUAUCCCGGGUUGCACCACAGUUCUCCAAUGCUGCUCCUCCAAUAAAUGUGCAAAAUACAGAGAAAAUCAGCCCUUGCUUUGCAUCCAGCAACAUAUAUUCAGAAUCAGAAAGGAUUGUUCUUAGCUGGUUGAAUACAAAUUAUGAGAAUACUCGACAAACUAUAUGGGGAAAUUGUCAGAAAGGUCCUAUUCCUUCUGAGAGAUGGAUAGUAAAUUUUGACAAAGACCUUUUAGAUGGCCUUGUUUUUGCAGCACAGUUAGCAGCCUAUUGUCCAUUUUUGAUUGAGUCUCAUUUUGUAAAUAUGUAUACACAACCAAAACGUCCUGAACAGUAUCUCCACAAUGGCUUGAUUAUUAUAAAUAGUUUUUAUGAAAUUGGCUUUGACAUGGGCAUACAGGCCAUUGAUAUCUGUGAUCCAAAUCCAGUCCUAAUGCUCAUGCUGUGUGUCCACAUGUAUGAAACGCUCCCUGCAUUCCUCCCCAAGAAAGUGGUGCCAUUUUAUUGUACUCUGUAUGACUCUGUGCUGAGAGAGAUACUACUGAAAAAUUCAAGCUUGGAAACCAUAGUGUAUCAUGUUACAAUUAUUGGAAGAGAUGCUACUGACUUCUCUCUGGCUCAGAAAGGAAAUGUUGUGACCAUUCCUCCACAUUUCCUGGGGAAUCUGAUUGUUCUAGUGAUUGUCGUAGGUUACCUUCCUACCAACAGUGUGGAAGGUUUCUUUUUCCCUCUUCAGCAGUUGUGGUAUUUUGAGUUCUUGAAGACAGCAGUUCUUCCUGGGAUGAGCCAUGCAGAUGAAAUCAUAAGUUUGACUGUGUACUAUAGUUUGACCCACUGCCUUCAGUAUUUUAAACAACAAGAGCAGAGAAAAAACCCUCCUUCUGCAGAGAACGUACCAUUUUGCCUUUAUAUACUUCACUCCAUGUUCUCCUGGCCUUUGAGUGUCCUUUUGGUGGAAUCUACAACAUUUAUCCAUUUGCCAUCACAAGUAACUGGACGGAGUAAACAUUUGCAUGAAGUUAGUGACAGAAGUAGCACUGUAUGUGAUGCUUCCCAAGGCUGCUGCCAUAUUCGAGAUAGCAUAACAACCUCAAUUAAAGCCAGUUUCAUUAGAGAGUUCUUCUGCUCCGUGCAUGCGCUUUCCCUGAAAGGGAAUGGAAUUUCAAGUCUGGAGAUCUAUUUUCUUCCCUUUGGUGUCCACACACGCUACUGUGCCAUCAUCUUGAGCAACCAAGAGAUUGGGGAAUUAAUAUACAUUCUUCAGGGAAACGGUUUGAUCCCCUUGCCUUCCAGUUUCGUUUCAACAGAGCCUUCAAAUCCAAUUGACUUCAACAGUUCAUUAGAAGAAGAAAAUAAUAAGGAUCAUCCAGUUUUGUAUUUGAAAUGCGAACGCUGUCAAACCCUAGAUGUGAGCCUUAAAUUGCCCCUGACUAAUGAAGCCAAGGAAAAGGCUUUGGCUUUUGCAGCACAACGGGAAAUGUCUACUGUUGAGUAUCAGCGAAGGAUGAUCUCGGGCACUCUGGAGAGCAGUAGCAUCCGCGUGGCCGUUGCCCUCCUAGGGCUCACCAAGAUUGAGGCUCUUAUGCUCUUUCAUAUGUCAAAGUUGAAGAAGCCUAAGUUCAUUUUAUUUACAACAGAACUGAGCCUUCCAGAACAUUUUAUUAUCCCUCCCAAAAUCUACAUGCCUCAGAUUCCAGAAACUCAUGUGAAAUGGACUACAUCUAUAGGAGUUAGUACUUCACAUACAGCAGAUGCAGAAGAAUUUGUUUCGGUUCCUUUAAAAUUUUUUCCAAUUGGUCCUGGACACUACCCUUGUAAAAUUUUGUUGAUAUCAAGCUAUGAUGUGCGUGUCUAUUGCGUUGAAGGUGUGGUAAAUGAAGACCAACCAGAAGCAGCACUGACGUUCGAGACACCAGCAUUUGAACCUCUUAUCCAGAACAUUCCAUUGCAUAAUGAAACAAAGAAAGAGUGGAAAUGUCAAGUUAAAAUAGAAGCAAAAUGGUUCUAUGGACCUGCUAUUUUACAUAUAAGACCAGGUGAAACUGUGCAAUACCCUCUCACAUUCAAACCGAUUUCAGAGUGUGAAAUUAUGGGUAAACUUACUGUGAAAAAUGAAGUGGACAGUAUGGAGCAUAUCAUCAACAUAAAAGGGAUUGGGAAAAAACCCCUGGCUUUUGGAACCAUCACUGUGGAUUGCAAAGUGGGGGAUGUGGCAAGUAAAACCAUAAUAGUGCCUAAUUAUUCAAUGACUAUUUUAACAUUUAAGGUAUCUUCAGACCUUCCAAUAGUGUCGGGCGAUCCACAUAUCACAGUAGAUCCAGAUAGUUCAGUUUCAUAUGUUAUAAAUGUGUGCCCCUUGAAACGUGGAAUACUCAAAGGUACAAUUUCAUUUUCCGUUAAAGAUGGAAGUGAUGAUGAUUCUCCAAAAGAGUCAAUUCAAGAUCAAGAAUUCUUUCAUAAACUGUCAAAUGCUUCAGAACUAUCCUCCACUUUUACUAAGAAAUACCCAGAUGAAGACCUUAAAAAUUUAAGAGUCUGGUAUCAUCUUGAGAUCCAUGCCUCUGCUGGGCCACCCCUAAAUAUUACUGAAGUGAAGUGUAUGGCUCUGGAGACCAGUUGCAUUGAAAUACCUAUCUCUAAUCCCAAAGAGGAAACUCUUCACAUAGAUGUGAUAUUAACAAGUCCUGCCCUCAGUGGACUCCAACAACUUAAACUGAGUCCCUUGGAAAGUGUGAGCUACAUUGUAUGGUAUUCUCCAGCAACAAUAGGCUAUAAAGAAGAAAGCAUUAUUUUUCAGCCUGAAAUGGGUGAAGAGUUCUGGUGUUUACUGAAAGUAACUACCGAACUUCCAAAAACAAAGGAAAUACCAGAAAUAUACUGUGACCUUGGAAAGCGUGUCAUUCAGACCAUUCCCUUAUAUAAUCCUACACAUGAAACUUUAGAAUUGCAAGUAACAAACAGUAAUCCUGGAAAUUUUAUCCUGGAAAUUAAUGGAACAUCACCACUGAUUAUACUUCCUCAUUCCACCAAAGAGGUAUUGGUUUACUUUUAUCCUUCUGCCCUUGGAAGAGCUGGUCAUAAAACUUGUAUCAACUUCUGCUGUGCUCAGUUUGAAGAGUGGAAAUUCAACCUCUCUGGAGUAGGACUAUUUCCCCAGCCUAUGGACACAGUAGAAUUGACCACAUGCAUGGGUCUGCAGUCAUCCAUCAUUAUACCUUUCAAAAAUCCCACCAAGGAAGAUGUUUCUAUCAACAUCAUUCUAACAAAUGAAAAACAGCCGAGACACCUUGUCAUUGACUGUUGCUGGCAUAGCUUCCUGAAUGAGGAUUCUGCUUUCCAACUCUGUUCUCUGCGUCAUACAGAAGGAACUGUGGUACCUCCUGAAGGAAAUAUAGAUAUCCUGGUGUUGUUUAAACCCCAGAAGAUGACAUUAUGCAAAACACUGCUCAUUAUUCAAAUGAUGAGAGCAAAUGGAGAAAAUUGGCCUAUCGACAAUAUUGAUGAAUUAGAUACAGAGCUUAAAAGGAUGAUGAAAGUAGACAAACCUGAAAUCGAAGGAAUACACUGGAUAUACCCUAUCGUUGGACUCCCACAAGCACCGCUCCCUAAAAAUCCUCCACCUGUUUUAAAAUGUAUGGCUAAGAAGACAGUAGAAAUGACAAUGGAAACCACACUGAUUGGUAAUUUUUUUGGACAAAAUCCUGCAUCAGAAUCACAACAAUUUUUAGUGAUUCCAAAAAGAAAUUCAUAUAAUAAUGCUUGUGUUGAUUACACUGUAGUCCCUAAGACACGUGUAUUCAAGUAUGAAAUAGAAUUUGAAUCUGAAGUUAUGAAGUCUAACUUGGAAUCCACCUUGGAUUUGGAUUUGACCACACAAAGUUAUAAUAUCCAAAGUGAAACAAUAUCAUUGGUCUUCAAGCUAAUAUUUACACCGAAGAAACCAUUCAGGUCUAAUGUCUUACUGAAAAUAGAAAGUGGAAAAGAUGGAAUCUGGAAGUUUCCCUUGGUCUUGAUAGCUACUGAUCCUGAGGUAGAGAACAUCAUUAACAUAGAAGCAGUUGGUUUGCAAAAGGAAUGUACUGCGGACUUUAGGCUGACAAGUCAGACAAGAUACCCUCAACAAUUCACCGCCUACUUCCUACCUAAAAGUGAUCCAGAGUUUUUUGUAAAACCUGAGGCUGGACAACUUCCUCCUUCUUGCAGUAAAGGAAUUCUCAUCACUGUAGGAUUCAAACCGCAAAUGUACAGUAAGAAAUACAAGGCAACAUUGGUAAUUGAGACAGAUGAUAUGUACUCGUUGUAUGCAAUAAAUGGAUUACCACCAGAACACACACCUCCAAAGAAUGUAAAAGCAAAAGUUAAUACUACUAACAAGAUGUAUGACAACAUGCCCGUUCGUCACCGCAAUUUUAUCCGUGAAAAUGCUGAACUCAUAAGGACAGGGGUGUCUUCUACCAUUAAGGGUGCUCCUUUGGUGAUGAAGAGAAAAUAAAAAAACAUUCCAAAUCA